GUGAGGAGUGAGUGCGACCCGGGUGGUGGUCUUGGUGGCUACCGUGGGCGGGUGAAUCCCAGACUUGGCCGGGAGGACAGAAAACCCUGCCCUCAUCAUGGACCCCGAAUGCGCCCGCCUGCUUCCUGCUCUCUGUGCUGUUCUGGCCGAUCCCAGCCAGGCAGUGGCAGAUGACACCUGUUUGGAGAAGCUGCUGGACUGGUUUAAAACAGUGACUGAGGCUGGGUCCAGCCUACUGUUGCUGCAGGAGAACCCCUGCCUGGUGGAUCUGCUGACCCAUGUGCUGGACCUGAAGCCACAGAACGUGAGCCCCAGGGUCCUCUCCUUUUCCCUGUGCCUGGCUGGAACAUUUGCAGCCCAGGAAGACUGCUUCGAGUACCUCCAGCAGGGACAGUUGUUGCUGGGGCUCUUUGGGGAGGCAGGACCCCUCAGCUGGGCUGCCUGGAGUGUCCCCAUCGUACGCAGUGGCUGGAUCCGGGGCCUAAGAUCCCUGGCACAGCACCCCAGUGCCCUGCACUUCCUGGGGGACAGUGGUGCGGUUGAUGCCCUCUUCUCCCUGCAGGGAGACUCAAGCCUGUUUGUGGCCUCUGCUGCCAGUCAGCUCCUGGUGCACAUCCUGGCUUUGUCCAUGCAAGGCAAGGCUGCAGGAUCCUCCAGCCUGCAAGGCAGUGCCUGGCCCGCAUGUGCCCAGAAGAUUGUGGACCAUGUAGAAGCGUGCUUGUGUUCCACAGCUGCCCCACAAGUCACUCAGGCCCUGAACGUCCUCACCACCACCUUUGGGCGCUGCCACAACCCCUGGACAGAGGUCCUCUGGGGGCAGCUGGGUCCCCUGGUAGCCCAUCUGCUGGAGAAUGAACCCAUCCCAGCUGCACACUCGCUGGUGGACCUCCUCCUCAGUGUGGCCCGGUCAGGUCCUCGGGACAUGGCGGUGGGGGGCUCAAGUUCUCCUGUGUUUGCUUCUGCAGACUGUGGCCUAUGGGAGACUACGGCCCGGAUGCUGAGCUGCCUCAGCCCCUCACAAGCUGGGCCUCUGGCCUUAGGGACUCUGAAACUUCAGAACUGUCCACAGGCACUGAGAUCCCAGGCCUUCGGGGUCCUCCUCCAGCCCCUAGUCUGCAUCCUGAGAGCCACUGCUCAGGCCCCUGGACCCCCAGGCGUGCUGGAUGAGACCACUGAAGGCAGCUCCAUGACAGUGGACACACUCCUGUCCUCCAAGUCGGCCUGUGUGGGGCUCUUGUGCCAGACCCUGGCCCACCUGGAGGAGCUGCAACCACUGCCUCAGCGCCCCUUGCACUGGCCCCAGACACUUCUCGUGGAAGCCGCGGUUAUCAUCCUGAAGCUCUGUGAAGGCUCAGUGGCCCCCAGCUCCAGUGAAGGGGGCCGCCUCUGUGGGGCCCUGGCAGGCUGUGUUCGGGUCCAGCGAGCAGCCCUUGACUUCCUAGGGACACUGUCUCAGGGAGCAACCUCCCAGGAGCUGAUGCUGCAGGUGUUUGCUGUCCUCUUGGAGACCCUCGAGAGCCCUGCCUCUAGCCCAACGGUUCUGAAGAAGGCCUUCCAGGCCACACUGAGGUGGCUCCUGGAUUCUUCCUUGCCUCCCAGUUCUUUGGACCUUGGCCUACCUGCCCCCCUGUUCCUCAAAGAGCUAUUCCCUGUGCUGCAGAAGCGCCUGUGCAGCCCCUGCUGGGAGGUGAGGGACUCGGCGCUGGAGUUCCUUACACACCUGACUGCCUGCUGGGGAGGAGAGGCUGACUUCAGGGAGGUGCUCCUUGCUUCUGAGGUACCCAAGCUCACCUGGCAGCUUCUCCGAGACCCUGAGAGUUAUGUUCGUGCAAGUGCAGUGACAGCCAUGGGGCGGCUCUCCAGCCAGGGCCUGCAGGCUGCAUCCGAAAGCUCUGGGCAUCUGGAAGUCCAGCAGGGCCUGGUUGGGGAGCUCCUGCAUAUCCUCUCUGUGGAUUCAGAGGGCUUCCCGCGAAGGGCAGUUGCUCGAGUCUUCACUGAAUGGCUGAGGGACAGCCAUGCAGAUGUGGCCCGGGACACAGAGUGGUUUGUAGCUACUGUGCUCCCGAUGGUGAGCCGGGACCUGGACUGGGAAGUCCGGGCACAGGGGCUAGAGCUGGUGCAGGUGUUCCUGGCCCAGACACUGGGGCAGUCCAGCCCUCACUGUCCCUAUGUGGUAACCCUGCCCAAGGCCUCCCCACCCAGCCCACUUCCUGAGGUGCUUCGAACCCUCUGCCAACUGCAGGUCUUUGACUUUGCCUUUCGUGCUUUGUUUGACUGUGAUCGACCUGUGGCCCAAAAGGCUUGUGACCUCCUCCUCUUUCUGAAGGACAAGACUGCUCCCUGCAGUGGCCUGCAGGAGCCUGGGGAGAGCUCUGAUGUGACGUCUGUGGAGGCUACCCUACAGAGGUGGCAGGCAGGCGAGCAGGGCCAGCCCCUGAGCACUCUGGAGCCCAAGGAGGUGCUGGCCGCCUUAAGGUCCAUGGACCUGGAGGGCCUCCAGAGCAGGCUGGCUGAGAGCAGCGACCACGUGGAAAAGAGCCCCCAGUCGCUCCUACAAGACGUGCUGGCCACGGUGGCUGUGCUGGAGGAGAAUGUGGCUGACUGCUACUGAGGCCACACACCUUUGGGCUCAGCCAGGACUGGCUGCAUAAGGGACCCCCUCCCUCAACAGAUGAGAAAACCCUACAUCUUGACGAAUUAUUAAAA